GAGACACUGGGUGGGGGGGAGCCAGUGACGUCGGAAGUUUUCCUGAAAGUCAAUAACGAGCCUGGUGGAGGAGGCGGCGGCGGCGGCAGGAGCCGAGCUUUGGGCCCCACGUAGCUCCGACUGACUUGAGCCGGGAGGAGCCGCCGCCCUGACUCCGCGGAUGCCUCGGCCGAGAUGCAGGGGCAGGCGCCUCGCUGAAUAGCGGAGAGUCGCUGUCCAUGUAGCCGCCGCCCCUGCUGCGUGUCCUCAAGGCGCCGCCACCCUAGGACCGGGACCUUCUUCCUAGUGCUGAAGCAAACAGAGGCUGUGAAGGACCGAGCCCGGGGGGGGGGGGGGGGGACGCGGGACCGAGGGGGGGGGGGCUGCCAGGAGUCGCAGCCUUCUCGCCUGUCCCUCACCCGCAGCCAGCAUCCAGCGCCCUCGCCUUUGCAGCAGCCAGGUUUGAAACCAGCUUGAAAAGGAUCAAGGGCAGAUGAAUCAUCCAGGAGACUGUAAAGUUUCUAUGUCACCUCCGUCUCAAUUAUCUUCACCAUGACGCAUUGAUUGUCUCUAGACUCCAAAAGCCAGAAGAGAACUGAAACCCUGAUACUGCAAAAUAUUCUUUCCCUGAACUGAAGGGUCAGUGUGGAGCCAUCAUGAGCGAUGUUACAAUUGUGAAAGAGGGUUGGGUUCAGAAAAGGGGGGAAUAUAUUAAAAAUUGGAGGCCAAGAUAUUUCCUCUUGAAGACAGAUGGCUCUUUCAUAGGAUAUAAGGAGAAGCCCCAAGACGUUGAUCUACCAUAUCCUCUUAACAACUUUUCAGUAGCAAAAUGCCAACUAAUGAAAACAGAGAGACCAAAACCUAAUACGUUUAUUAUCCGAUGUCUUCAGUGGACGACUGUGAUAGAAAGGACUUUUCAUGUAGAUACACCAGAAGAACGGGAAGAAUGGACAGAAGCCAUUCAAGCAGUAGCAGACAGACUUCAAAGGCAGGAAGAGGAAAGAAUGAACUGUAGUCCAACAUCACAGAUUGAUAAUAUAGGAGAAGAAGAGAUGGAUGCAUCCACAACCCACCACAAAAGAAAGACAAUGAAUGAUUUCGAUUACUUGAAACUCCUUGGCAAAGGCACUUUUGGCAAAGUUAUUCUAGUUCGAGAGAAAGCAAGUGGGAAAUACUAUGCGAUGAAGAUUCUGAAAAAAGAAGUUAUUAUUGCAAAGGAUGAAGUGGCUCACACACUUACAGAAAGCAGAGUAUUGAAAAACACUAGACACCCUUUUUUAACGUUAGAGAAUCUAAUGUUGGAUAAAGAUGGACACAUAAAAAUUACAGAUUUUGGACUUUGCAAAGAAGGGAUCACAGAUGCAGCUACUAUGAAAACAUUCUGUGGAACGCCAGAGUAUUUGGCUCCGGAGGUUUUGGAAGAUAAUGAUUAUGGUCGUGCAGUGGACUGGUGGGGACUUGGAGUUGUCAUGUAUGAAAUGAUGUGUGGCAGAUUGCCAUUCUACAACCAGGAUCAUGAAAAACUUUUUGAACUAAUACUAAUGGAGGAUAUAAAAUUUCCUCGAACUCUCUCAUCUGAUGCAAAAUCAUUGCUUUCAGGUCUCCUGAUAAAAGAUCCAAAUAAACGACUUGGUGGAGGACCAGAUGAUGCUAAAGAAAUUAUGAGACACAGUUUCUUUGUUGGAGUAAACUGGCAAGAUGUAUAUGAUAAAAAGCUUGUCCCUCCCUUUAAACCUCAAGUGACUUCUGAGACAGACACUAGAUAUUUUGAUGAAGAGUUCACUGCUCAGACUAUUACAAUAACGCCACCUGAAAAAUAUGAUGAAGAUGGUAUGGACUGCAUGGACAAUGAGAGACGACCACAUUUUCCUCAGUUUUCCUAUUCUGCAAGUGGACGGGAGUAGCGUGCUGUUUUGUUCUUCUGGUUCACAGUCAUAUUAGGUUUAUCACUGAAAAUGAGUACUGAAUCUCAUCACCAGUACUUGCUAUUAUUUAGGAUAGCAAAGCACUUUCAGAGAUCAUUCCAAAUUGAACCAAUUCUCUUUCUGCCCAAUCAGCCUCUUUGAUUUAUCUGCAUGACAUUUUAUAUUGGUCUAAGAUCCCCUGCUGUUGAUGCUGUCCACUGUCUCAGCAUGAGUGUAACAGCAAGAAGCAAUCCAAAAAUGUUGUGACGCUAGAUGACAAAUUCUCAAUGGUGCAUUUUGCGCACAGCUGGUUAUCUUUCUCUUGUCUCUUCAGAGGAGAGGCUAAAGGACACGCCGGUCGGAGAAGCAUUUCUCACUUCUUUUAGAAGACAAAUCAAAAUUCUAGAAAAAACAACAUAGUUUAUGAUGUUUUCUCACAUCUGUUUGAGCUGGACAGAACUGGGAAAGGCAGAAGAUGGUGGUGCAACGCUUUUGUUAGGCAUAUCAUCACUUGAAUUAGAUGUGUCAUUAACAUCUGGAUAAAAACAUUCAAGAGGACAACAUAACUGUUAAUAUAUAUAAAUAAAUAUAAAUAAAUAUAUAUAUUAUUUUUUAAUUACUGUUGGAUACUACACAAGAAUCAGAAGGGCUGGGAUCACCUGGCCUCCCUCCCAUGUAGACUUCCAGAUUCAUGUGCAAUUAUGAAGAAUGGAGCCUUUAAAAUGCAAGAAGUUAAGGGGGAAAAGACAACAAUUAAAGGUCUUAUAAUUUGCAUCAGAUAACAUCCUCUCUCAUGCUUUUCUUUUUCUUUGUUGAUGAACGUCACCUCUUGUGGCUGAAGAAUGUAGACAGGCAUAACAACAGCGCUUUUCACCAAAAUUUGUACACCAAGGUAAACAGGAGUUUGCCUUUUCAUUUUUAAAUUAUUUUGGAGUUUGUGAAUUAGCUUUUUUUCCCUUCAGGUAUUUAACUGAAUAUUUUUGUUACACUGCAGUAGUAUUUAUUUCUUAGUGACAACGAUUGUAUGUGUCAUGUUUGCUGCUACAUCCUAAAAGAGGCUUUUAACAAUUGUUUUGUUUAUGGAAGGACUGUACAAGCUGAACAAAAUAAUGCACUUUUUCUCCCAUGUUAAAUUUUAACAAGACUCUGAAAGUGUACCUUAUACUUUGAAUUGGGUUUCUGUUGCUGAAACAUUACAUUAUGGUCAAGAGAAAAUCCCAAAGCCAUGUGUCCAGAGGACUUCUGCCCUCUCCACUCAAGGGGAAUGUAGUAAUAGGAGUCAAACAGCUUCAUGGAAAACAUAUUCAAGCUUAUGAAGCUACAAUAAUUAUAUGAAAAACACUUCAGUAUAUCAUUGCAAACAAUAGAUAGGAAUAGCAAUUCUAUAUGAUGCUAUAGCUCUGUUCAAACAUAAAGAAGAACAUUGUUAACAACUUGAAUAUUAUUUCCUCCUAUUAGUUAUUCAACCAGAUUUGUGAUUAAAAAAAAAAUUCAUGAAAAAAUUUAACGCACUGAGGAAAGGCAGUUCACCUUUGGUACUGGGAGUUGGGAUUUUCAAAAUUUGCCAGCAAAUGUAAUAGAAAUGUAUGCCAAUGGUAAUGACGUCACAGAAUGCUACUCCACCAGAUUAUCACUGAAGUAUCUUGGCUUCACUACCUUUUCAACUCCUGUAACAAACUGUGAUUUAGCAGAGUAUUAUGAUUGCUAUGUAUGAAUGUGUACAUGACUUUUGAGAAGAAAAUAAUAUUUACAUGCAGAUAUCUCAGCCUCUUGAUGCUGAAAAUCUAGAUAACCCUAAAAUGAAAACCACUGCAGGCAGUGGCAGAUGUUGGGGUUGUCAAAAAGUAUGUGGGCAUUUUAUUAAGGCAGCUAGACACACACACAUACUUUCCAUCAUCAAAGUAGAUGUUAACCUAUCUGUGCACCAUGACAGUCAUGAUUAAUGUUCACCAUUUGAGUGGGAAGCUUACAGAGUAAAACUAUACCGGCACUUAUUGCUAAAUAUUAUGACACUGAGGUAAUUAAGAGGUGAUAAUUAGCAAUCAGUGCUAGACAGAACUUUAGUUUAUGGGCAGUAUCCCAUGUAUACCAAGUGUGUAAAAAUAUUCAUGGUGGUCCUAAUCCAAAGUUUCUUAUAUGCAACAAUCUCCCCAUGGACCUGAUGAACAAGGCUGUGAGUUGUGACACACCACUCACUUUAUAAAGUGGGGUGGGGGAGAGAAAGCACUACCUCCACCCUCUAAAUGGGUGAUCAGCAUUGUCAGUUAACACCAUCAAUCAUCUGUUUGUCAGCAUCACCUAGCAAGAAGAACUACAUGCACAGCCCAUUUCUAAAUAUGAGGUUCCCCCUUUCCACACAAUGCCCUUUGUAGCAUAGGAUCUGCACUUGGCUCAGACCUGCUGGAUUAGAACAAAUAGGCCACUCCAUGGUUUAAAGUAUUUCUUAAUAAGGCUAAGAAGCUUCUCAUGGCAGUUCUAGUUUAGUUGUUUCCUAAUACUUAGGAAAAUCUUUUUGGUUAUAAUAAAAUUAUCAGGGUAGUAUAUUUCAAUAUUAAAUUCCUAUUUAUAGAAACUGGUGAAUUGUUUGACAUCUUGCAGUAAAUCAGUGGUGGGUCAUUCCAUGAAGGCCCACUUUAAAUUUGGGCCUCCAAUAUUUAGCAUUCUGAAUUGUUCUUUUGAGCUGGGAAGUUUUAAAGUACUUCUUCAAAUGGUGCUUGUAUUGUUAAUGACUAUUUAGAAAUUAGUAUAUUUGUUGUGAUUUUGUCUUACUGAGUUCUGAUAGCAAACUCUCAUUCCAGGCACUGGUAGAAAGACGAAGGAGGUAAUUCAUGCAUAGAGAUUUGCAAAAUAAAACCUAUUACUCACUGUGCUGUGAUAAGGUGGGUGGUUCCUGCCCACCCCCCUGCUUCCUAGGUUCAGGUCUUUUUGACAAUGGACAAUUCGAUAGUAUAAGAACUGGGACAAGUUAGGUAUGAUGAAAGCCUCUCUCAAACAUUUUACGCAGCAUGAAAAUCCUGUAAUAAUUAUGUUGAUGCAGGUUCAAUAAUGCUUUCAAAAAUAAACAUUAAUGCCUCAAGUUAAAUUAUAAAUAGGCAGAAGCCCGCUUAUAUAUUCGCAUGCGUAGCUGCAUGAAGAAAUGGUUGCUGCACAUGCGGUUUCUGCAGCAAUCCAAAAGCAUAUUUUUUUAAUUAAAAAUUGAAGUCCCGCUAAUUAAUUCAGUCAGGAGGCAGGGCUGCACAUAGUUAUCCUCAGUCUCCUUUCACCAUCAAAUUGCUAAUUUCAGGAAUUUGAUCUUUUAAAAACACUCCUAUGUUCAGCUACAUAUACAUUAUGUACGGACUGGCACACUUAAAUUAAUUGUUCCUUAUUUACAAUAAUAUGAAUGCUUUCUAAUUAAACAAGUAUUAAUCAGAAUCAUCUUUGAUGUCAUCCCCAUCUAGCAUUCUUAUUACAAGACUUGCCACAGUGAUUCUCACCUUCAUGGCAACCACUCCCCUGGGCACAAGGACCUUUGACUAGCUGGGGUUGACUGGGCAGACCAUGGAAAUCUGCAUAGACUUGGUGUAAUCAUGUGUCUUGCAAAGUUGGGACUUGACCACAAACAGAAAGCAAUCCUAAACAUUUCUAGUUGCAGCAAUAUGGAGUACCCUCUGUUAGUAACCAUUUUGCCAUACUGGUUCCUUCAUUGAAACCUUCUAUCAACAAAGUCACAUAUAUAAUCAUUUUAAUGUUCAAAUAGUAUACAAAUGUCUCUGGUGCAUUUAUAGAUGAUAAGUUCAGCUGUUUCUAUCACUCUCAUAGCAAAAUAAAUUUUCUCAGGUGUAGAAUCAGAUGCCUUUCAGUGAAGUUACUAGCCUUUUAUCAUGUCCUGAAAGAUCACAGAAACUUGGCUGCAAUUUUUUAGCUUUUUAUUUUUUAAUUUUUUUGAAGAAAUUUAACUUAACAGCCUAAGGUAGUGGCUUUGCACUAAUCAGCAGCACUCAUGCUGGAACACUUUCUCUGAAAGGCAUAUGCCAUUAGUUUAUCCUCUCUGAAUUUACUGAGCAAUGACUUCUUACCUGUUACAGGUAAGAUAGAUCUGGAGCUAGGGAAUCGGUCAUGAGGAGUUUCUGGUUUGUCAGGAGCUUGCACCAUAGCCAUCUAUACCACCUAUGACUGCUAUUCAGCAUAAGAUAUUGGACUCACUGAUAGUGGCACUUCCUUGAAAAGACCCUUCAAGAUGUACAAUAACUUUCUUCCAUUUAGCUCAUACAUAUUUCUAUCCUAUCUAAAUGUUUAGCUGACAUUAAAGACAUAACUUUCUCAAAGUCUCACAAAGAUCUGGAAGUGACUAUAACAUUACAAAGCAACGAUCUAUUAACUGUUUCAAUCUACCAUCUUCAUUGCUGUUCGCAUUAUGUUCAUGAGAGAAAGUGGCUUUCCAAUUGUACCUAACCCCACUUUGAUGUUACUGCUUUUAAUCAUCAAAUAAUUGAUCUGGACAUGAGAGCAAGGAGAGGUGGGGCACGAAAACUACAACCCUAUCAUACCACAGAGGACAGCACUGUUGAUUCUGUAGAUUCUGUACAAAGCAAAAACAGAACACCCCCGCCCCAAGAACCCUUAAAAAAACCCCUUUUUGUCUUUUGUCACAAAUUUGGCCAUAUGUGCUCUUAAAUCAUAAAAGAUUCAAGUUAUACCAUGUCAAAUGCAAGCUUGGUUCUGCUCAGAAUCAUUUUCCUAUCUCAUAAAGAGUCCAAAAUACUUAGUGCCCAAUAUUAAAAAUUUCCCCAGAAAAGAGGGAACACAUGGUGACUUGUUGAAUGGAUACAGAAAUGCAUGCUAUAUUGCCUUAUGAACAGAUAAUAUGAAGGUAGUCAGUUGCCUGGAUUACUUAUGUAUUUGUUGUCCAUACAAUUUUAUCAUGUUGGACAUUAAAAGUAAGUGAAGACCAACAUGAAGCAAAAUAAGGACAUAAGUUUAAGUCCAUACAUGGAAUGACUCUUGGGAGCUUAGACAGAGGUAUUUUCAACUCAUGCUCCCAAUAUUUCAAAAAAUAUAAAAUAAAAUGUAGAACUGUGGCAAGAGAUGCUCUUGAAACUUUUCUUCUGCUUCCCUACAGCUCUGUGUGCAUUUGGCUAGAUAUUCAGAGGAGGAUUAAAAAAAACAACUUAGUACAUUUUAGACUUGUUGACUCCAGCUUGUACUGGUUUCCAGGACAUGCCAUGUGCCCUCUUGUACUGCAGCUACCUUUGAAGAAAUCGGUUGUUUGUGUUUAUAUUUUGGCAGUUUUUCACACUGCUUUGCUUUCUACACUAAUGAUUCUUCCAACAUCUUUCAACUAUUUAUACAGUAUUCUAGUUUGUUUUUUUAAAAACCACCUUUCUUCGUUUGCUGCUUGAAGCUGUCAGUUCUUGCACGGGCCAUGUGCUUCUGCUAGAGUACAAACAUAAGGUCUUUCCUUACUAACUGCAGGGUCUCUAUAUUACACCUCAAUGUACACACUUUGCUGCUACUGUUUGUACUGUCUACAGUAGAAUUUCCUUAUCUUGCUCCUGGUAGUGUAUGACAGGCAAGCAUGAAAUGUAAAGUAUUUAUUUAAAUAAAAACUCUAAAUUGGUAAUUGAAUUACCUCCCUGUAGCUUUAGAGUUUGUGAAAUUUCUUGACCUUGCUAGUUCUUUUAUUAGACCCAUGACAGAUCUAGUCAUAUGGUUAAGGAUAUUAAGCAGACAUGACUACAAACCCAAGAAAUCAUAUUAUUGUUGGUCAUACUUAAAACUGUUUAUUUCCUUAAGUAUAUGACCCACAAGGAUGUGAAGUAACUACAACCUUUUUGUACACUGUACAUCCUUAGUAUUUUUACACGUAUAUGAUAGGGAUGCACAUUUUUUUCCUUCGUACAGACAGCUUAAAUAAAACACUAUGUCAAUCUGCUA